AUGACUAGACUCGUUGAAAAUUCACAACGAGGAUUUGAGACGGAACAUGAUAUGAAUUUAAUUAACUCAUCCUACACAGCCACGUGGAGAUAUCCAUACAUGAAACACCAUCAACACUCAAUGAAGUUUCAUGCGGAACAUGGAAAAACUAAAUACUUGAAUUAUAUUUCCGCGAAUACUACAUUGAGUGAAGAGCUUGUUUCGAACAAUUUAGGAUUUCGAGUUGCUCAAGAUGAUGUAUUUACUAUUCUUAAAAUUCCUUUGUUUGGAAGAUAUCUUCGCUUUGUGAUCUUUCUACCCACCCCCGGACACACCCUCGAGGAAAGCAUCAAAAAACUCAGCGCAUCUCGAAUCCUGAACCUCUUCAAUGAACUAACAGUCUUUAAUGUCCACUUCAAAAUCCCUUACUUCCAAAUUAGUUCAGUUAUCGAUACAUCCAAUCUGCUUGGACUCCCAACUUCCAAGUUUCAUAAGUUUCGUUUCAACUGGAAGAGACCAUCUGAAGACUAUCUCCGUGAGGAAAACGAUAGUUUCAAUGAAUCCUUUAUCAAACGACAACCGGAAAGAACUCCGUUUUAUUUCAUUGCGAAUCGUCCAUUCUUUUAUGUAAUCUUCAAUAAUACUCUUCCGCUAAUUAUGGGCAUAUUUACUGGUACACACAGUUCUUAA